AUGGUUGCCACGGAACAAUCAAGAAGAGGACAAGAUCCGUGUGGAGAUGUAACCGACAUACGAAAACCCUCCUCAAUAGAGGCAGCGGAGCCUUCAGACUAUUCGUCAAGCUCAGGCAAUAGAGGUGAGGGCGGACGCGAAUCUCGGGGUAUUUGGGCAUUCAAACGUGCAUCAUUAGUUUCGGUACCACAAACUCCCAAAACACAUCAAGCUAGCUGGUCAACGAGCAAUAGAGAAGGAAGAGGAGGAGGAAACAGACAUCGUGUGUCAUGGCACCAACAUCUCGAUCCCCAUCCUAACACAGGAGCUUCGGUAGAUGAUGGAGCAACUUUCUGGAAAGUUCCUCGUAAAGUUUCUGAGGAUCCUGAAGAUAAUAUGUCGACUACACACUCAAUUUCCACGAGUGUAUCGGAUCCAGUCUCCCCAUCAGCAGCAAAUGUGGUAGUCAAGUCUGCGACCGCCGAAAAUAUUUGUGUUGGAGCUUCAACCGACGGGGAAAUGAAAGCAAUGCCUCACAGUAUGCUGCUUGAUGGGGAAGUGUGGGAGUACAUAUAUCUUAGAAAAUCGUCAGAACUGCGGGAUGCCUUUGCUUCUGAUAUUGGCGAUGUGUUAGGUUUUCCUUUUUCGACACCCAUUGAGUUUACACCCACAAGAACUGGAAUAUUAGCGCACUGCACAUUACUGUAUCCUGAGACCAUGAAAACUGAAGAGCUAUACGAGAGGUUAUCGCGAGACAAAUUUCCCGCGAUGAGAAGACUAUAUCAAACAGCAAAACGAGAGCACAUGAUAACAAGUUGCUCGACGAUGUACACCACGAACAUUUCUGACAGGCCCAUAAGUCCAUCGCCGGAAGAUAUGGACGGACGCCGAGGCAGCAUGCAAAUGAUGUCUUCUGCAACUAGUACAAACCAUAAACCUGAAGAAUAUUGUCUGUCAAAAAGGGAAGAAAGUAGAGAUGCAACAAAAGAAGAUGCGACGGGAAUGGACACCGAAUCGCAAGAAAUUCAUUAUAGUCGUUUCACCGAACGGUCUAUGAGUCGCAUAUCCAUGGUUCCUGCUGAUAUCCGUGAGGCUGGUAUGUCUAAGAGCCAUGUUGUGACAUCGCGUGCAGCCAGUCCCAGAUGUGCCAAAUGUCUUGAUCAGUCUAUGAGUCACAUAUCCAUGGUUCCUGCUGAUGUCCGUGAGGCUGGUAUGUCUAAGAGCCAUGUUGAGCCAUCGCGUGCAGCCAGUCCCAGAUGUGCCAAAUGUCUUGAUCAGUCUAUGAGUCGUAUAUCCAUGGUUCCUGCUGAUAUCCGUGAGGCUGGUAUGUCUAAGAGCCAUGUUGUGACAUCGCGUGCAGCCAGUCCCAGAUGUGCCAAAUGUCUUGAUCAGUCUAUGAGUCACAUAUCCAUGGUUCCUGCUGAUAUCCGUGAGGCUGGUAUGUCUAAGAGUGAGGUUGAACCAUCUUUAGCAGCCAGUCUGAAAUGUGGCAAAUGUCUUGAUCAGUCUAUGAGUCGCAUAUCCACAUUGCCUGCUGAUAUCCGUGAGGCUGGUAUGUCUAAGAGCCAUGUUGUGACAUCGCGUGCAGCCAGUCCCAGAUGUGCCAAAUGUCUUGAUCAGUCUAUGAGUCGCCCAUCCACAUUGCCUGCUGAUAUCCGUGAGGCUGGUAUGUCUAAGAGCCAUGUUGUGACAUCGCGUGCAGCCAGUCCCAGAUGUGCCAAAUGUCUUGAUCAGUCUAUGAGUCGCCAAUCGACAUUGCCUGCUGAUAUCCGUGAGGCUGGUAUGUCUAAGAGUGAGGUUGAGCCAUCUUUAGCAGCCAGUCUGAAAUGUGGCAAAUGUCUUGAUCAGUCUAUGAGUCGCAUAUCUAUGAUGCCUGCUGAUGUCCGUGAGGCUGGUAUGUCUAAGAGUGAGGUUGAGCCAUCUUUAGCAGCCAGUCUGAAAUGUGGCAAGUGUCUUGGUCAGUCUAUGAGUCGCAUAUCUAUGAUGCCUGCUGAUGUCCGUGAGGCUGGUAUGUCUAAGAGCCAUGUUGUGACAUCGCGUGCAGCCAGUCCCAGAUGUGCCAAAUGUCUUGAUCAGUCUAUGAGUCGCAUAUCUAUGAUGCCUGCUGAUGUCCGUGAGGCUGGUAUGUCUAAGAGCCAUGUUGUGACAUCGCGUGCAGCCAGUCCCAGAUGUGCCAAAUGUCUUGAUCAGUCUAUGAGUCGCAUAUCUAUGAUGCCUGCUGGUGUCCGUGAGGCUGGUAUGUCUAAGAGCCAUGUUGUGACAUCGCGUGCAGCCAGUCCCAGAUGUGCCAAAUGUCUUGAUCAGUCUAUGAGUCGCAUAUCUAUGAUGCCUGCUGAUGUCCGUGAGGCUGGUAUGUCUAAGAGCCAUGUUGUGACAUCGCGUGCAGCCAGUCCCAGAUGUGCCAAAUGUCUUGAUCAGUCUAUGAGUCGCAUAUCUAUGAUGCCUGCUGAUGUCCGUGAGGCUGGUAUGUCUAAGAGCCAUGUUGUGACAUCGCGUGCAGCCAGUCCCAGAUGUGCCAAAUGUCUUGAUCAGUCUAUGAGUCACAUAUCCAUGGUUCCUGCUGAUGUCCGUGAGGCUGGUAUGUCUAAGAGCCAUGUUGUGACAUCGCGUGCAGCCAGUCCCAGAUGUGCCAAAUGUCUUGAUCAGUCUAUGAGUCACAUAUCCAUGGUUCCUGCUGAUGUCCGUGAGGCUGGUAUGUCUAAGAGCCAUGUUGUGACAUCGCGUGCAGCCAGUCCCAGAUGUGCCAAAUGUCUUGAUCAGUCUAUGAGUCGCAUAUCUAUGAUGCCUGCUGAUGUCCGUGAGGCUGGUAUGUCUAAGAGCCAUGUUGUGACAUCGCGUGCAGCCAGUCCCAGAUGUGCCAAAUGUCUUGAUCAGUCUAUGAGUCGCUCAUCCACAUUGCCUGCUGAUGUCCGUGAGGCUGGUAUGUCUAAGAGCCAUGUAGUGACAUCGCGUGCAGCCAGUCCCAGAUGUGCCAAAUGUCUUGAUCAGUCUAUGAGUCGCAUAUCUAUGAUGCCUGCUGAUGUCCGUGAGGCUGGUAUGUCUAAGAGCCAUGUUGUGACAUCGCGUGCAGCCAGUCCCAGAUGUGCCAAAUGUCUUGAUCAGUCUAUGAGUCGCAUAUCCACAUUGCCUGCUGAUAUCCGUGAGGCUGGUAUGUCUAAGAGCCAUGUUGUGACAUCGCGUGCAGCCAGUCCCAGAUGUGCCAAAUGUCUUGAUCAGUCUAUGAGUCACAUAUCCAUGGUUCCUGCUGAUGUCCGUGAGGCUGGUAUGUCUAAGAGUGAGGUUGAACCAUCUUUAGCAGCCAGUCUGAGAUGUGCCAAAUGUCUUGAUCAGUCUAUGAGUCGCAUAUCCACAUUGCCUGCUGAUAUCCGUGAGGCUGGUAUGUCUAAGAGCCAUGUUGUGACAUCGCGUGCAGCCAGUCCCAGAUGUGCCAAAUGUCUUGAUCAGUCUAUGAGUCGCAUAUCUAUGAUGCCUGCUGAUGUCCGUGAGGCUGGUAUGUCUAAGAGCCAUGUUGUGACAUCGCGUGCAGCCAGUCCCAGAUGUGCCAAAUGUCUUGAUCAGUCUAUGAGUCGCAUAUCCACAUUGCCUGCUGAUAUCCGUGAGGCUGGUAUGUCUAAGAGCCAUGUUGUGACAUCGCGUGCAGCCAGUCCCAGAUGUGCCAAAUGUCUUGAUCAGUCUAUGAGUCACAUAUCCAUGGUUCCUGCUGAUGUCCGUGAGGCUGGUAUGUCUAAGAGUGAGGUUGAGCCAUCGUGA